AGAGCUGAACUCCGGGGGCCGGCGACAGUGUGAAGGUGUGGUAGUUGUGGUAGUUGUGGUGUUGUCGCCUUGUGCCGGCGUCAGGUGCUUGUACACUGGGGCUGGUGUCAACAAGUGACUGUUGUGGAGACCGUGAAGUUCGGACCCAACGUGCGGUCAGCUGUCGGUCAUCGGACCACGAGGGUACAGACUGACGAUCGGACUAAUGUUCGCGCACCACACCUGAGGUACAUCUCUGAGAGCUGACGUCGCUUCACUAACGGAUCUGUGUUACCUCCACUUUGCUUCCAGGCCACCAGGGGUCCUUCCAUGAGCCUCGCUGCACAGAUCACCACCCGUACCCGUGUGUUUGAGGGAAGUUGUUUGAGGGUGAGCGGGUGGCAGUGUGAUAUUGCGCAAGUCCAGACGACGUCCACGGCGUUGCUGACAGCCGUUAGUUACGUGACAGUUACGUGUGUGCUACUGUAACACGUGCAGGACAUCUCUGUGUCACCAGCCUGUGUCUUGAAUGGCUUGUUAUUAUUUUACUGGAGCACGUUAUCUACUCGUGUCGAUGACUGAUAAGUGGUGGUCGUCAGACAGGUAAAGUUGUCACGAGUCACGUCACCACGUGGUUACCCAACGCUCGAUACAAAAUAUUCCUGACAGUACCAACCUCGAUGUCCGUUCCAAGUGUCUAGACAUGGCCACCCCGCUGGUAGCCGUUACGAGUGGAUGAGCGUGGCGUACCUGAUCCGUGACGUCUUGAGUGACGUGACCAGCGCGUGGAGAUGACGGAGGCGGAGCGUAGAGGGAGGGCCGGGAGGAGCUACUGGGCGCAGUGGGAGCGUUCACGGCGCCUGCCCCACGCGCCCAACUCCCUCCAGGCCCGACAGAUGGAACAACUGUUGGCAGACUUCCGAACACAGGGCAGCCAUCUGUACAAAGUCAAGUCGCCAAGCAAACUGCUGCAGAGACAGUUUUUUCUGGACAGCUCUAACAUGGUCCUGUACUACACCGGCUCCCGCCGCAAGGGCAGGAAAACAGACAUCCCAAUAGCCAAGAUCCAGGAAGUGCGUGAGGGAGAAAAAGACUUUUCUAAGAAGCUUAAUGGAGUUGAUAAAGAGAUGUGUUUUGGCCUGCUGCUGGGUGGCUCCCACAAAGUGGUGUACUUGAUGGCAUCACACAAGGAGUUACGAGACAGAUGGGUGCGGGCCCUGCGGUAUGCUGUGCAGAUGGAACAGCUGGCUGAGCAACGCAAUGAAUUUGACAAACAAGUUCGAGAUGUCUUUAACCUUGCAGACAAAAAUGGGGAUAAUGCACUGGACAUGGAUGAGAUAAUGAAGCUGCUGAAGACAUUAAAUGCAGAUAUUAAACGCAAAUAUGUCCAAGAAAUGUUUGAGAGAGCUGACACAAACAAAACAGUAGGAAGGGGAAAGCCUACGUUGGACCGCGAGGAGUUUGUUCGAUUCUACAAUAUGCUGACCCGAAGGCCAGAGUUAGAGGAAGUAUUUCUCAAAUAUUCACGAGGUAAAGGCUACAUGGUGGUGCGAGACAUUCUGGCUUUCUUGAAAGAGGGACAGAGGAUGUUAGAUGUUGAUGAAGAAUUCUGUUCUGGACUUGUGCAUCACUGUGAACCCGACAGCGCAUGUAAAAGGCAGGGAAAGCUCACCAUGCUUGGCUUCAAAAACUUCCUCAUGUCGGAACAACAGUUUCUGUUCAACUCAGAACAUUCCACAGUUUACCAGGAUAUGACUCGACCCAUGACCCACUACUUCAUUAAUUCGUCGCACAACACGUACUUGGCGGAGGACCAGCUGCGAGGCCCUAGUAGAGUGGAGAUGUACAUCUCAGCUCUUUCUAAAGGAUGUCGCUGUGUUGAGUUGGAUUGCUGGGAUGGUCCAGACAAUGAACCAAUCAUUUACCAUGGGUACACACUGACCUCUAAAAUCCUUUUCAAGGAUGUGAUCAAGGCAGUGAAAGAAUAUGGCUUCAAAGCAAGCCCGUACCCAGUGAUCUUGUCACUGGAGAACCACUGCAGCAUGGAGCAGCAGAGUGUCAUGGCUCAGCACAUGGACAGGAUACUUGGUGACAUGAUCUGGGCCCCAGACUCUGAGCUGACAGCUACUCCAACCCCAGAAUCUCUCAAAUAUAAAGUUAUCAUUAAGGGGAAGAGACUACCUCCUGUCAAAGAGGGCAUUGAUGAAGAUGAGGUCAGCGAUGAAGAUGAAGCUGCUGAAUCAAAGAAUCAGAUGGAUGGUAGCAACAAUAACAACAACAAUAACAACAACAACAAAAGAAGGAGUGCAAUACAAGAAGCAAAUAAAGCUGACAAAGCACACAAGAAAAUUAAACUCAGCCCGGCCCUGUCACAGCUGACAUCAAUGAAAAGUGUUGGCUUCCGGACAGUGGAUCAAGCAGCUGCCUCAGCUGGAGCCUUUGCGGUGUUCUCGCUGGGGGAGAGUAAAGUUGAAAAACUAAUCGCUACCAGCGCGCUAGGCCUCAAUGUUGUGACACACAAAAAACUAAUUCGCACGUACCCAGCAGGCUCACGCACCGACUCCUCCAACUACAACCCUGUUCCUGCAUGGAACCAUGGAUGUCAGAUUGUCGCUCUGAACUUCCAGACAGGCGGUGAACCCAUGCAGUUGAACCAUGGCCGUUUCCGAGACAAUGGAGGCGCUGGCUAUGUCUUGAAACCUAAUCUUCUGUUGGCAGAUGAAAUGUUUGGUAUUGUCACUGGCAACAUGGACAGAAACUUGUGCAAGGUGCUUGCACUGACGAUUAUCAGUGGCAUACAGAUUCCUAAACCAAAUGACUCCAAGAAAGGGGAGGUAAUUGACCCUUUUAUCAAGAUUGAGGUGCACGGGGCACCAAGUGACAAUGCAGAAUACAGCUCCAAAGUUGUAACGAAUAAUGGCUUCAACCCUCGGUGGUAUGAAACCUGCACAUUUACCAUCAGGGUACCCGAGCUUGCGCUGGUGAGAUUUGUGGUGAAAGAUGAAGACCCUGGACUGGAUGACUUUGUUGCUUACUACUGCCUGCCAUUCAGCAGCAUGAGGGAGGGUUACAGACAUUUUCCUUUGUACAACAUUCAUGGCCAUCGUAUUUCACACAGCUACAUUUUUGUACAUGUGGCCAUUUCCAACAUCUGAGAUGGGAGCAUCAAUCAGCAUUGGAUUCUCCAGAGUUUACUGGCUUCUACAGGAAAUCAAGAUUGCAAAACUGUUAGCAGAAGCUGCCAGAAACAUGAAUGUGCUGCCUGUUCUCUAGCUGCUACAUUCCACACAGGAACAUUUUUAUCUACGUUGUUAUCUCAUUCACCCAUGUGUUUGUGUUGUGAUAAUUCAGAAGAUACAGAUUGUACAGUGAUUAGGGCAGAGAAAAGUUCUUAGUUAAGAUCGUGGGCUUGAAUACUCUGAUAGGAGAUUGAGUUUACUUUUUCAGAGUAUGGAUUAUUACAUCUUUCUCUUCUCAGCACUCUUUAUUUUGUCUGCAUGAUGAAGAUCCCCAGGGGAAAGUUCAACAUCAGGGUAAGGUCAUGUGGAAGUGGUGAGAAACAUGAAAGUACACUUGCUGAUAGCUGUUUGCACCACUCUCCACCUACAAUGGCUAACAGUGAAGAUCAGGUGGCAUGUGUGUGCUCCAUAAUUCUUUGGAGAAGAGGUUGUGCACACACCUCACUUUUCUCCAUCAGAAAUUAAUGUUAGAACCUGCUUUGAUUAAAACGCAGUUUGACUAUAGUAAGUGAUUACACUGUCCAGCAGUUAAACAGGGUUGUCGAUGUUAAGAUGAGAAAUUAUAUGGGAAAGAACAGACUGCUAUUGACUUCGUGCAUGUUAGUCUGCCAUAAAGUGAAGUAGUAUUUGUGCAUGUUGUUUUCUCCCUAGAGGACACCAAGCUGAACUGAAAUCUUUGCUCAUGGCUUGUUGAUGCAGUAGUGGUCAGUAUUACACAAUAAAUAUCUUGGGUAUAGUGUGUUAAACCAUCUUGCUGCUAGUGGCCUACUUGGAAUUGAUAGAGUAUAUACACAGGGAGGCCUCAUAGUCCACAGAAAGGUGUUGUUAUUUGCUCUGUGUGUGUGUGUGUGUGAUUGAUCUCCUCCACCAUGUUUUCAGCAUCCAAGACACAUCCCUUUCCUGGUUCUAGCUUUGUGACCAGUCUCAGACUGUCAUCAUCAGCUUUCAUUCCUUUCAGCCUUUUCCCAGUCCUCUGUGGAGUCUCUCAGGGUUCUGUCUUCUCCACACAGCCCUGUCAUUAAAUAUCAAGUGCCAUGAUCUCCACGUCUCACCUUAGCAGAUGACCCAAUGAUACAGCAGCUCUCUGCCAACAGGCAUUGCCAGCAUUCUUUCUUCCAUUGCUAGAUGCUAUUCCAACAUCCAGAGCUGAAUGACAGAGAACAAAGUAAAGUUAAACCCUGACAAGACAUAAACCCUGCUCAAUGACACUAAAUAGCGGUUUUCUGCCAUCUCCCCCAUCAGUCUCAGCUGUCUGGAGUCGUGGUCCACUUCACAUCCAGCUUCACACUGGACUCCACUCUCUCCGUGCAGCCAGACAUUGCCUCUGGCUAAGAUGUGUUUUUUUCCCCAAUCCUAACACGUCUACAUUCCUGACCCAGUGGAGCCAUCAAGCUGGUCAUUUCACUAUUACUGUCCCACCUGACUACUGUAACCAUGGAUCUUCAUUAAUGUAGGUCCAUGACUGCCACUGCCUAUUUGCUGGCCCUCCAGUCGCUACACUCCACAACUUCAACAUGUCCAGAAUGUCACUGCCCACCUAAGGAUCCAUAAAAAUGUUGGAUCAUGUCCCUCUGCUUUGCUUAUUGACUGUCAGUCACUGGCUGUAUUUAUGAACUAGCCUGUCUCUACUACAAAUAUCUCUGUCACUGUGCUCCUGCCUCACCAGCCAGACUUGAUCCUGCACACUUCAUUCAGCAUCUGAUACCCGUUGGUUCCAUAUCCCACACACCAAACUUUGCUCCACUAGCCAAUGUGCCUUCCCCUACGCUGGUCCUUGUGCUUGCGACAUUCUCCUCUUGCUCCUGUGCUUGGCUGCAUCUUUUGAUAAUUUCAAGAAGCAGCUGAAAAUUCCUCUCUUUAAAAGACUUUAGCAUUUGCUUAGCAAAUCACCUCAACAGUGCCUUAAACUGCUUUAUGGGAUCAUCACACUGUUGUCUCCUGGUACUGGUACAUUAGUGUGAAGUGUAGAUGAGCUCUUAGAAUGCAUGUUUGUCAUCGAAAAGUGCUUGAAAGUAGAACAAAGAAAUUGGAAAAAGCUUAGUCUAUCAAACAACCACCCAUUCUUCUGUCAUCCUCUUUUCAAAAAUUGACAGCGAUAAACUGGGAACAUUACCCCCCACUCUCCCUAAAAAAAAUUUGCUGUGUCUGCUGAGAAAUCAAAGCUGUGAAAUUUGUAUGAUUUCUUUCUUGGUGAUGUAUGCUUCUUUUUAGUUUUGGUGACAUUAUAUCUUUGCUAUUGGUGAUACUGUUUGGACACCUGUGAUAGUUGCAAUAAAUACAGUCUCUACUUGUUAUCUCAUCACCAUCCAUCCACCACGAAUGUUAGGCCUGAGGUGGGGUGGCAGCACAAAGAAGACAUAUGAUCCAUAACUCGGACUAAUUCUGGUGGGAGUUCUUUCUGCCACAAAGUCUGGCAAGAGGUGAGGUUGGUGAGAUAACAGGUGGCAAAAAUAAAAACUAAAAAGUUGAGAGUGUAUUUCUCCUGCUGAUAUUGUAGUUAGUGUCUUUCCUGCUGACACUGGAGCAUGGGACAGUCCUGUGCAUGCUAUCACUUAUUUCUCAUCUUUAUGUGCUUGUGCUUCAUACUCUGCUGGGUAGAAAAUAGUGCAAUGUGUUGUGUCUGCACAAAGCGAUUUGAUGACUUGUGCAAUGGGAAGAUAGAACUGAUGUAUAUUGCUAGUUUUCACUCCAUUCAGUGUGACAGAAAGGAGACGCUGAAGAGAAAGUUUACUUGCUUCAGCAGAGUUGUACAGACAUUAGACCAAUGAAGUGCCAUGCUUGUCAUAUACAUGCUUGCUGAAAAUAGUCUGCAUGCAUCAGUGCAUCUGUUUGAAGAUAAAAUCUUGCAUACAUUUGAAAUAAAUUUUUUAAUUUGUAUUUUGUACCUUCAAAGUUGAUAAGUUCAUUUUGCUGUAAAUAUUGUACAUAGGACAGGGUUGCAUACAUUUCUUUCCACGUUAUUAAUAACACUUUGUUAAAAUGUUUGUUUGUUCCUGCUGUAAGGUGGCGCUUGUAGUUCUGAGCUUCAAACAUUAAAUAGAAGUUAAAACAGGUGUGAAUGGAAGCAGCAGAUGAGAAAUGCUGUAAAAAUGUGUUCGUAGAUGGGAAAACAGGGGCAAGGAAGGUAAAGUCUGUGAGUGUACUUUAGAGGAGUGGGAGAGAUGGAAAGGAAUAUUUGUUGCAAAGUAUGUGUGUGCAGACAGUGUUUUUGUGGUUGUGUUGAAGGCUGAUGGCAUUGAGAGAGAUUUGGUGACUGUUCACUUAUGAGAUUUUGUACUUUAAUAAGUCACAAGUUUUAUUUUCAUUAAUAAAUGAAAAACCUUAAAAUAUUGACAAGCUAUUGAUAUUGUACUAUGCAAGCACAUUUUUAGCCUAUACUGAGGAAAGAUCUUAUUGCAUUGUUGACAUUCAUUUGUAACUGGACCUUUCUUCUUUUUUUGCAAAACCUAAAUAGUGAAUGUGAUGAGCACAGUCUUGAACUUCCUGUCGUAGCAGCUUGAUUAACCUAUUGUGGCAGCCGUGACUUUUACAAACUCUGUCCUUUUGGGCAAACAGAGGUUAGAGUGCAUAGGUCACUUUCAUUUAGUUUUCAUGCACCAUCAUUCAUGUUGAUGAAGUUUAUCACUACAUGCACUAUAUUUCUUAUGCUAGAUUUACCUGAAACCGUAUUGGGUGACAUGGGGGAUAGAGAAUGGCUAACCUUACAUGAGUUGUCCACUUUGGUAGCAAGGUGGGGAAGGUGUUGUGUUCAUCAUCUCAACCUGUGCAUUCAGGACCUGUUCUCUGACUGGUGCCUUCCUUGCUACGGCUGCUUAUGGUAUAUGAUAUUUUGUAAAAUAUACAAUAUGUUGUUUUGUACUUUUCACAACUGCUUCAAUAUUUUCAACAUGAAUGCACCCUGAUGGGACAGUUCAUUCCUGUCUUGUGUUUAGUUUCUUUUUCUACUUGGGCUUCCUAACAAGAGUUGGACUGUGUGUGCAUAUCUCUCAUACGUCUGCUUGUAUGCUUCAUUUACUUGUACAUGGAAGGGAGAUUGUGCACAUGUCCAAGCAGCCCAGCUCAAAUGUCUAUGGUUGUGAAAAAGCAAAAAAUGUAUGUUUCACUUUUCAAUUGUGUUGCCACGUCUGUGCAUGCCUGUCUGAAAUGUAAUGAAAGACAGCUUUCAGUAUCAUUGCAACAAACAAGUUUUCAAUUCCAGAGAGAGAGAGAGAGGAGCUAGAUUGUACUUAAUUGGGCAGUCAGACAAAUAAAUGUGACAAAAAAUGU